AUGGCGGAGACUUCGGCGGCGCUGAGCCCCCGUGCCGUGCGCGAGGACCCCACGGCGGAUAAUGCGAGCUUGCCUGAAUAUGAGGAGGAGGACAGACUCGAGAGCUUGCAAUCUCGACUGCGCGCGUUCUACUGGGCGCACGAUCCCCGCAAAGUCGAUCGCGUCGAGGAGAUCCUCGCCAAGCACCAGGGCAAGGAGGAGCAGUUCCUGCAGCAGGUUCAUCGUGAGUUCGGCGUCCGCGACUUCAGCGGAGAAGAAGCGAUCGACGAUAUCUACGAGCACCAACGAUACUCGUACCUGAGCUUCUCAUGGGGCUCGUCCUACCCAGGUCACCUUCUUCCGACGGAUCGCCAUCAAUGGAGCGGGCUGCACGGCUCGCCGUCCAGCCAAACGCGCUCGAAAGUGGAGCCUCAGCUACCUGUUAACUGGGAAUGGACGAGCGACUGGGUUGUCGACAAAACGUCAUGCAAGUGUGACGCGGACGGAUGGGUCUACGCUUUGGACUUCACCAUGAUCAACUAUUUGAUCAAGAAAGGUGAAGAGCGCAGUGAACCGAACGCCACGGACUAUGUGCGUCGAAGACGCUGGGUGCGGACUCGUCGCCCGCACUACUCGAUCAGCAUGGACAAGUCUGAGUUUGACGCUGCGUGGAAGUCAACCGUCAAAGAUCUGGAGCAAGUGUACGCACGAGCAAAAGAGCAGCGAGCGAAAAUGAAACAGAAGUGGGGCGUGAAGAAGGAGAAGUUGAAGCGACAGAUUCAUUUGUUAGAGAAGACGAUCAUCUCGAUGCAAGCAGUUGCUGUUGAGGAAGAAAAGAAGCGACAGAAUGAGCGACUAAAGUUCCCCGGGAGCCCGCGCUAUUCAAAGCGAGCGUCGAUGCCUUUUCCGACAAGCAGGUCAACGCCGACUGCUGCCUCGAUGGACAGUCCGACAAACGCGAUCAAUCUCGCCUCAAGAAUGCACUGCGCCCAGUCCAAACUCGACGCGCUACGACGGUACUAUUGGCACCCGCGCGAGAAUGGCUACUCGCUGCGCUUCAGCAUUGACGGUAUUUUCUACGGGCUUCGGGAUUUCUUUGUCGAAAGCUUCGACAGCUCGUUCUCGAUCCAGAUCAGCCACCAGACUAACGGCGCUCAGGGAAUCACUCCCACGUGCAAAGUUACGAUGAAAGGCCACACGGUUUGUUGCGGUAAGCACGUAAAGGUUGUAGGCGAGAAGGGGACGCGGAUACCGAAGUCGAUCUGGGACAGCAUGUACAUGGACUCCGACUUUGAGGCCUCCAUUAACCUCAUUUACGUCGAGGAUAUUGACGACCCAAGCUCCGUGAGUCAAGGCCGAUGGGAGUUCCUCUUUUCGCCCGAGGCCACGUACGUCGAGCUGAUCAACUUCACGAGACGCGUAAAAGGAGGAAUGGAUCUACCCGAGCCGAUGGUCCGAAAGCUUUGCUCCGACGUGUUGACCUCCCUUAUCCGCGACCUGACGCUAUUGUACUUCCCGUAUGAGUUGGCACUAGCUUUCAACUUGCCACCUGCCAAGCUUGACAUUAAGGGCGAGAUCAAGAUAGCAGGCCAGCCCAUCGAUGCCGUCAUGGAGAAAGAGCUGGAGGAGCUCGACUUGGACGCAGUUCGAGAAGAGCAGGCAAAACAGAAAUUACGCCGACAAACUGCUGAGGCUGCCGACGAAGAAUCGUUACUCCCGUUGACCCCCAUUCUGGACGCUGCAGCUGCUGCUGCGCAAAUGUUUUCCUCACUGUUGACCGGUUCGAGCAAGGAAAUGCUAGCGAUUGCAGAGCUCUUGGAACUCUCACCGCCGCAGUUCAAUCUGCUGGUCGCUCUCAAAACGAGUGGGCUGUUUCCAUCUACGCACAAUUUCCACUCUCUCGCUUCGAUCUGUGCGUACUACAACGCAUUUUCACUUGAUGAAGAAACGAUCGAGACCAAAGAUGGGCAUGGCGAAAAAUCUCACGAUGAACGGCUACGCUCAGUGUGGAAGCGCGUCCUUGAGCUGGUGUAUAUUAAGAAGAUGCACGCUGCGCGAGUUUCGCCCAAGGCCCGGUCCCGCCAGAAGUUGCCAUCGGUAGAGAUCAGCUCAACCGAGGCCCAAAGUGCCUUCGAGCUGUUCGACAUCGAUAAGUUUUUCGAUGCUAUAAAGCGCUUGUCAAAGAAGCCGGCCUCAGUGGAAGUGGCCGUACAUCACUUCUACUCGACAUUGAAUGCGAUGAAUGUCGUCGAAGCCCUUUCCAAGCUGUACGAGCGUAUCGUGCUGGGCAUUGACUACAGCAAGCCACGGACUGGGGCGGAUGGAUUCAUCUACGGCAUCCGCCUUGGCCGAAAAGCAACCGUACACCCCGCGAUGGCAGUGGCAGCAGCGUCUGCCGCUGCGGCUGCUGCCGCCAACUCUGACGGUGAAAUCCACCCUGUAGGCACACCCCCAGUCCUCGAUUUACGACGAUACCGUCCGACAGAAGUCUCGUUUCGAACUCGCGUCCAAACAUUCAGCAAGUUUUGGCAAACUUUGAAAAAUGUGAUCGAGUUUGUUCGGGAAAAUGUGGAUGAUGUGAGUGCCGAGCUUGCCGGCAACGUGAAGGGGACCGGAAAUGACUGCGUGCUCAACGGUUCGUUCAAGGAUGCCGACUACCGCGGUCCACUGAGCAUUGGGCUUCGAGUGCCUCCGUGUUUCCUCGGCUUUUAUCGGGCUGAGAUGAUCCCGCUGGGAAAUGAUCGCGUUGGGAUGCAGCUGGACGCCAUGCUUCCGUCGGUAUCUGCCAAGACCACAACUGGUGAUGCGAAGCCACAAACCAUCAAGCCACUGGAACCUGUCGGCCGCGUCAUGUUGGCAGAUUUGUCCUCCGAGGUACUGCUGGAUCUCGAUGCUCUAGUGGCACGGGAGGAAGAGCGCCGAGAACAAGCCUUACUGGCAGCCAAAAAGAAGUCGCAGGCCAGUCCUGGAUCCCCGAAGCAACCGGGAGCCACAGUUCCUAAGAAGUCAAACCAGCACUGCGCGCUCUCGUUUUCUUUCGGUCCAACCUCCAGAAACGAAGAAAGCGAUGACGAUACCAUGGGGAACGACAAGACAUCGAGAGCGCUCGGACAGCUUAACGUGAGCACCAGUGAGUUCACGAAGCUGCACACCACGGCCAAAGCAGGUUCCUUCAUGCUGCGCGUGCUGUCGAUCAUCGAUUAUCUGCUGACGCAGUACGUGCGACCACAACUUCUCAAGGCGUUUCCGCAGCAUCAGGUGCUGUUUGAUACUGCCAAAGCGGCCAUGAUGGAGUUGCUACAGUCACCCAAGCUUGAGGUGGACUUUGACAUUAUGGCAAGAGCGUUUAUCCAUGAGGACGAGAGCUUGAUGGUCACCUUAUGUGGGUCACCACUGCAUCCAAGUCCGAUGACGUUCAAGGACGAGGUGAACUUGCUCGACAUCAUCCUGCAAGUGGAUGACCUGGUUAACAUUUGGAUCGACGAUCGGUAUCCACCUUAUUCGAACCCCUUGUACUUCUGA